AUGUAUGAAGCCCCAAAUAUUGCUGGAGUAAGAAUUGGUGGGCACAUUCGUGGUUGCAUGAAAGAUGUGCUUAUCAAAGGUUUCAACGAAACCAUAGUUGGAUGGUAUCGAUGGAUGCAAAGGGAUUCAUGCAGACCCUACCGGAAAAAGGAGCUAUUCAAAUUAGGCGGCGAUCAAGUUGACGAAUCCACCAUCGACGUAUGCACUUGUUAUGCAGACUACUGUAAUGGAAGCAAUGCCACUGCAGUGUUCACUUGGUUUUCUUCAAUGGUGUUACUCACUUUGGUACUGCUCCUUCUUUGA